CAAGUGCUCUAGCGUAUUGUGCGUGAUUGCCCACGAGAAUGAACGAUGACCAAGUUUGCUCAGUCACACAAAAACACCUUCGACCCCUCAAUCGCCAAAACCGAGGUAUAAAAGAGAGCUGCAAGAGCCCUUCUAUCACACAUCCAUCUCUGACAGAACCGUACGGUAGUCCUUUGGGAAGAAUGUACUUGCUUUUCUGACUCCAGCAGUAUACUGCAUCGAUCAUUCUGAACUGGAAGUCCUCUUAGCCAGCACAUGCAAGUCUGAGUUCAGUACCUUAGCCAUGGAUCUGUCAAGCAUCAAAUGGUCUCCACUUCUGGCAAUGGCGUAUGUGCUGGGAAUUUCUUUUCUACAUUCAGGCAUGCGGAGCGCAAAUGCAGAGCCAAUUGUGAUCCAUUCCAGGAGCUACAUAGUCACAUACCAGAACGCUACCUGCGACUGCCAUUCUGGCAAACUUCUUCUCUUAGGACCAAAUCGACCUCUCGUUCUCACCGGUGACGGACAACUUCAUAUGACGGUAGAGACUGUUGACUCAAACAGCUGGCUUUACACUUGGAACCAAACUCUCGUGAAGGGGACAGAUAAGCCUCCUCGCUACGUGAUAUCACAGAACUUCACCAACGUGGAUUAUCCGGACGACUACUUUCCCACGUGUAUGUAUGUGGACUAUGAUGAAGAGGUUGGAAAUGAUAUCGGUACAGAUUCUUGCGUAUGGAGUUCAGGCUUCAUAUUCUUCGAGUAUCAUUUUGUUAAAAGGGCUCCAGGUUGUGCUGCCAAAAACAAAAAUGGCUACAUUGUGCAAAUCAAACCGUAUGCUUUCCACGGACUUGGCCCAGACAGAGAUUAUUGUUUUUCAGCAGUCAAAAAGGCCGGUGUGAGCCCAACCAUCCAGAAAUGCAACUCAAGUGAUGAGAAACAGCUUUUCUUUGUAAAUGUACCAUUUAAACCUAGAAAACCAUGGAUGUAGUUGCGGUACAGCCUUGAGCUUACGUACAUAGUGUCUCUAUCACAACCGAGACGAAAAAGUAGGGUGAUUUCCCGAUACGGAUUUCUCCAUUCUAAUUGCAAUAGCUAAAGCAUUUGGCUCAAUCGUCGGAAAGUCAUUGACAGUUCCUGAUCUCGAACUCAAAUGUUCAAAGAUGUAGGUAGAAAAAAAAAGAUUUUCUCAUCGCGGAAAUGGUUGUGUGCCACUUUCGAAACCUGAACUUGUAGUUCCGAUAUAAUAAACUUUAGUUGCCGAGUCAAUCUAUGUAAUGAGAGGAUGUGUCGAUGUCGAAGGCCAAUUGAUUUUUU